GAGGGUUCUUCGAACAGCAUACCUCGUUCUGAAGAAGUCGCUCAGCCAGCUUCUUUUCGAGGAACUCAUUGUCCUCCAGCAUUUGAAUGACGCCUUCAUGGGAAACAUAAAUCACUCGCGCAUGAUGAUGGACACCGCCAGGACGGCGGUCUGCCAGACAUUGCUAUCAAAUCUAAAAGAACACGUAGAAUCUCAACCGUGUGUUGCAGUACUGGCGGACAAAGUCACCAUCGCCCGUCGAACAGUUGACAUAACCGCAAUACAGACCCUUGUGCCGAACGCAGAGCCCGACCACAUCUUCCAGACCUUCGUGGUCGGCGCUCCUGUCGUGAAAAAUCAUGACGGCGAGGCGCUCGCAGCCGACAUCUGCAGCACGCUGUCUGAGGUAGGCGUCACCAACACGGAGAAGAUUGCUGCUGUGGCGGCCGACGGCCAGUUCCACCACAAUGGUGUGCCACAAAAGCUGGCACGACUACUGGAAUCGUCGAGCGGCUGUCCCAUUCCGGCCGUAUGGGACCAGGCGCACCUGAUGAACCUGGCUGAGUCCGAUGCUCGCAAGCACUGUAACAGUAGAUGGGUGAGAGACACCAUUGAAACAGUAACAGAGGUGAACAAGAUGUUCUCCAUCGGCAAGGGAUGGGAGGACCUCAGGCGAUGUGGCGAGGAUAUGGGAGAGCCGGUACUGCGACCAAAGCUGUGGUCUGAAACACGCUUCGCAGCGUACGCUGCGGAGGUGUUUUCCGUCUUCAGACGGAAUGAGAAGCAGCUGCGAGCGGCACUGCGCAGGAAGAGGAUGGAGGAAACGCGACCGUCGCAUCUGAAAGAGCUGGAGAGGCUGCUUGUCUCGCUAAACGAUCCAGCGUUUCAUGCCCGCGUGAGGGCGCUGGAGGACAUAUAUGGUGUACUGGGAGCAGCCAGCAAAGCCGUCCAGAGAACGCAGUCCCUGCCGUGGGAGCGUCAUGCUGACCAGCAGGAGGCCGUGGAGACGAUCCGCCGCAUGAAGGUAGCGCUGGUGACACAGCACAAGAAAUCGCCUACCACAGAAGACCUCCUGUGUUUGGCUGAUAAAGACGAGCUGUGGCCUCGCUUAUCAGCGAGCGAGCCAUCAGUUCCAGCAGCGGAGGUCGCCAAGAUCGCCUUCUUCUGCACCAGCAUAAUGGAGCGACUGAAGUUCCGAGGGGCUGGUCAAGAUGUCAGCGGCUCUGACAAGAACACGGCCAAUAAUGUUCUGGGUCAGAGCAUGGCUGAUCUGCGCGCCGUCGCUGACCUGCACCAGCUGGCCGGAUCGACCGUGCCAGUGCCAGUGGCAGCUCGCCUCUACCGAGAGGCAGGGGAGAGGCUGGUCAGAAGAAAGCUGAUCCCAGUGGACACGGUACCGACUGAAGGUGAGAUUCGCUCCGUGCUGCCGCUAUUGCGUCGCCAUCGUGAAGAAACCAACCAGCAGCUAUGGAAGAUGCUGAACCGGCACGCUGAUGACCACUCUGCAAGGGCCCUCACCAACCUGGUCACCCGUAUCUGGCUCCUGUCCCCACCAGAAAGUGUUGUGGAGUCGAUGGGCAGUGUCAUCGCUGAGGUUUUUGGGGAACAUCGGCAGCUGGAACACGGCAACGCUGCGAAAGAACUAAUUGUGAGGUGGAACGGCCCAUCGCUGUGUCGGGCCGACCGCCUCCUCUCGCGCGUCCACCGUCACCUCUCUCGCGACGACAGCUUCCGGUGCGUUCGGAGGACGACCACCAUCGGUCAGUCCUUCCACGGAACAGUUAUUACCCGGCACAAACGGGCCCCUGACCACAGGGCGUGCCUUUGGACUUAGAUAUAGUAAUGCAACCAUGUUUGUAGAAUGCCUGUUAGAUUAUGUAUUGCUUUUAACCCUCGUCCGUAUAGGGGAAGGGGAUCGAACGCCCCACCCGCCUCGGUUUUUCGCGAUAACUCGGCCGAUCGGGACGAAACUUUCAGUACUCUCGAGUCAAUCAAUUUUACACCUACCCAGAAAAUUGCAUGACCCUGACCCAAAUGACCUUUGACCUGUGACCUCUUUCUCGAAACCAUGUUAGGCUGGAAUUGCGAUUCGGCGUGUGGCGGCUCGCAUUGGCCGUUUGUAGUCUUUUUGUGGCUUCAAGCGUUCAAACAUGUGAUAUGAUGUUGUUCCCAUGCAUUAUGGUGGGUGUCAAGGUCGCCUGAAGGUCAGGUCAGGUCAUUGACCUUUGAUGACCUCGGCUCACUUUUUAGUUUUUACCUGUGUCCAGGCUGGUUUUUGGAGCUGGUUUCGAAUUUAGCAUUUAGUGCAUUUGGCAUUUAGCGAAUUU